AUGUCUUAUUCUCCAGCCCCCGAUGGGCGCGACGAGGAACAGGUUCCCAUGGUGACCCCUGCCCGUUCUCCACUACCACCAACUGCCGAGGAGCUUGAGCUGCAACAUGUCAAGCGAUACGAUGACUUUAGCACCGUAGACUGGGUCCAGGACUCGCUACGCGAGCGGCAUCCGUAUUCGCAACGUCAGCCCAAGCCAGGGAGUGUGAUGGACCGGCUUAACCACCUCGACGGCGUGCUCGGAUGGCUGUGGCGCCUCCUCAUGCGUGCUCUGGUCGAGGGUGAGAGCUAUGUCAUCAUCACUCUGACCGGUAUCGGGAUCGGGCUAAGUGCCGCGCUCAUGUCGAUCAUGACAGCUUGGCUCGCCGACCUCAAACUUGGGCGGUGUUCGACUGGUUGGUGGCUCAGUCGCAAGUUCUGCUGUCUCGAGGUCGCGGACGAAGGCGAGAGCUGUGAGGAGUGGAGCCGUUGGGGCAUGUUCCAGCCGUUCCCUUGGAUCGCCUACGUCAUGUACGCGGCGAUGUUUGCAUUCACAGCGGCUUACCUCGUGCGCAACUUUGCCCCGUAUGCCGCGGGUUCGGGUAUCUCGGAGAUCAAGUGCAUUCUCGGCGGGUUCAUUAUCAAGGGAUAUCUCGGGCUCGAGACCCUCAUCCUCAAGGCCUUGACCCUGCCUCUCGCUAUCGGAUCAGGUCUUGCUCUCGGCAAGGAGGGUCCUUCCGUCCACGUCGCGUGUGCCGUCGGCAACGUGGUCGCACGACUAUUUCCUCGGUAUCGCGACAGCCAACUCAAGAUGCGUGAGAUCUUAACCGCGUCAAGUGCUGCUGGUGUCGCUGUCGCCUUCGGAUCGCCGAUCGGCGGCGUGUUGUUCUCGAUUGAGGAAAUGAACCAGGCCUUUUCAACAAGGACUAUGUGGCGCAGCUUUAUAUGUGCCUUGGUCGCGACGUUCACACUGGCCUCGGUCGACCCAUUCCGGACCGGCAAGCUUGUCCUGUUCCAAGUCUCGUACGACCGAGACUGGCACUACUUCGAGAUCCCGGCAUACAUACUGAUCGGUGUUUUUGGCGGCUGCUACGGUGCGUUCGUGUCAAAGUUCAACAUCCAGGUUGCUGCGUUCCGACGCAAGCACCUCGCGACACACGGUGUCGCCGAAGCCGUCAUCCUGGCUACGAUUACCGCCUUCAUCUCCUACCUGAACCGCUUCCUGCGCAUCGACAUGACAGAGAUGAUGUCGAUCCUUUUCCGCGAGUGCGAGGGCGGCGGUGACACCGACGGCCUUUGUCAGGCCUCCUCGCAAUGGAGCGUUGUCAACUCGCUCCUCAUCGCGAGCAUCCUCCGCACCGGCUUCAUCAUCGUCACAUACGGCUGUAAGGUGCCGGCUGGUAUCUUCGUGCCGUCCAUGGCUGUCGGCGCAACGUUUGGCCGCAUGGUCGGCAUCAUCGUCAAGGCCAUUCAACAGGCAAAUCCCAACGCUCCUUGGUUCGCUGCCGCGUGUCUGCCUGACCAGCCGUGCAUCACGCCAGGGACGUAUGCGUUCCUCGGUGCAGGCGCAGCCCUCGGCGGCAUCACUGGCCUCACUGUUACUGUUGUGGUCAUCAUGUUCGAACUCACCGGGGCAUUGACCUACAUCCUUCCCACUAUGAUUGUCGUCCUCGUCACCAAGGCUGUCAACGACCAGAUUGGCAAGGGCGGCAUCGCGGAACAGAUGAUUCGCUUCAACGGCUUCCCAUUCUUGGAGAAGGAAGACGCCGAGUCUGGAAAGUCGCUCCUUGAGCCAAUCUCACACAUCAUGCGCAAGGACAUUGUCGUCAUGCCGUCCGACGGCCUUUCACUGGCAGAACUGAGCGAGAUUGUCCAGAGCACCGAGUACCAGGGAUACCCCGUCGUCCGCUCCUCGGUAGACCGCACAAUAAAGGGCUUCAUCCGCAAGAACGACUUGCGAUACGCGCUCGACCGCGCGCGGCGAAACUAUAAACUCUCCCCUGACGCGCUGUGCACGUUCUCCGAGUCCGCGGACGCGCAAGGUGACGAUUCGGGCCUCCUUCCCCAUCCCAACGUCGUGGUGCCUGACGUCGCGUACGGUUCAGAGGUGCAUACCGUCGACUUUGGACAAUUCGUGGACGAGACUCCGCUAAACGUACCACCCAAGAUGCCGCUCGAGAUCGUCCUCCAGUUAUUCCGCCGUAUGGGACCCCGUGUCAUCUUAGUCAACCACGAGGGCAAACUUGCAGGCAUGGUGACGAUCAAGGACCUGCUGCGACAUGAGGCAGGCGAGAAGGCUGCACAGGAGGUGGCCGCCGCCGCCGCUGUCGCGGACACAGGCCACCAGCGCUCGAGUUCGUGGGGCGAGUGGGCCCCUACACCAGACUCGCGCGGUGGCGGGAGACUUGAGGGGCUCCUCGAGGACGGACUGGUGUGGGCUCAGACGCACGGCGUAGGUGUCGUCAACGAGGUGAUUUCACGUGUGCGCAGCGCCCGUCCUGGCGCGAUGCGAGUUAGCCGCGAGUCAUAUUCGUUUGAGAUGAACGACGACGGACGACGGAGCGGGUAA